AUGUCCGACAUUCAGAACCGGUCCUCCGCCUCGCGGGGUAGAGUAUCCGCCCGUGGUGGCCGUGGCGGCUUCAGCUCCAGAGGUGGUCGUGGUGGAAACAGAUCUGCAAAUGACAACUCAGACAUCUCAUCCUUCGAGGAAGGUGAAAUUGGACAGAUGAAGAAGAAGUACUCCGACACUCUCCCGACCCUUAAGGAAAUGUUCCCAGACUGGAAGGACGAAGAUCUGGUGUUUGCACUGGAAGACUCGAACGGCGAGCUCUUGGAGGCAAUUGAGCGCAUCAGUGAAGGUAAUGUGUCUCAGUGGGGUGAGGUCAAGAAGAAGACCACAGACCGGACUCGCCCUAAGCCCAAGGAGGCCCAGAAUGCUUCGACCGAAACGACUGUAGCUCCCGCUCGUGGAACUCGUGGUCGUGGUGGAAUAGAGAGUCGUGGACGUGUUCGCGCAGACCGGGGCCGUGGCGGCCGCGGAGGCCGUGCAGGAGCCGCUACAAAUGGAACUCGCGCAGUGUCCACUGCUGGAGAGACUCCGGCGCCUACUGCUGUUCCUGCUAUCACAUCGGAGUGGGCUGCGCCCAAGGCAGAGGAAACUGUUGCAGAGCCUUCGGCUGAAGGCGAAGGGGAAUCGACCGAGCCUAAGAGCAGUGUGAUUCCUGAGGGUACGAAGAAGGGAUGGGCGAGUCUUUUCGCCAAACCACCUGCUCCUCCGGUGCAGAAGAAGCCCCAAGCCCCUACUCCUGUUCCCGUCGCCGAGAAGCCCGCCGAACCUGUGGCCGAGCCAUCUCCAUCCGCUCCUGAACCUGUGACUGCCCCCGCCGUCCCCGCCGUCCCCGCCGCCCCCGCCGUCCCCGCUGCCUCCCAGAAGACACCCGUCGCCAAGCCCACCCAUCCCGUUAUCCCUGCCAUUCCGACUACUACAGUUAACCCUCCUAAGGGCGAUUUGACCGAGACGAACCUCGAACAGAUUCCCGAUGUAUCCGCCCCCGCUCCUACUGCCACCGCCGCAAGCACCGUUGGCAGCGGUAUCGACCCCGCGGCAGCAGCCGCAGCUGCUGCUACUCCCUCCCGAUUCCCCUCCUCUGCCUACCCUCCAAGCGCUACCAAGCAGGGCCGUACCCCAGGUCUUCAACGCCGUGUGAUGGAACAGCAACAGGCUGUGGUCAUGCCCGGGAACCACGCAGUUGACCGCGCUGCUGUUCAGUUCGGUAGCAUGGGACUGAAUGGUGACGCUAUCGAUAUCGAUGAGAACCGCGAGGAGGCUGAGACCCGCGCUCAGCCCCCGCAGCACUCUCCCGUUGCUCCCCGUGCCUCUCUUCCCCCCGCGACUCAGGCACCCCACUCGAUCGAGACUGGUGCCGCUGGGCGUCCUGCUCCCGGCUUGCCCCCUGUUCCCCAGGGUGCUUCCGCCGACUCUUUUACCGAUUUCGCUCGCUACUCUGAGCCCCAGCAGAAGCCAUUUGAUCCUUUCACCCAACAGGUGAGCCAGCCGCAGCCGCAGAUUCCAGAGCCAUUCGCCAAUCAGGCCCCUGCUCAGCCCACUGCCACCACCGGCAGCGAAUACUCUCCUUUCUACGCUGCCGAGCAGCAGCGUUUCCCCUACUACGCCUCCUAUGGUUCUUACGGCCAGUCCCAGGAUGCCCCAACCGGUCCCCGCGCCGGAUUUGGUGUUACUGGUGCUGAGGCCCAGGCUCAAAUUCCCACCACGCAGCCUCCUAACCGCUACGGCCCUGUUGAUGCCACUAACAGCGGACACAACACCCCCAACCCCACCGUUCCUGGCGCCACUCAGCAGACCCCCGCUACUCAGCAUAUGCCUGGCCAGAGUGCGCAGCAGCACGCCUACGGCUACCAAUACCCCAACUACUACAACAACCCCCACUACGCUUCGUACAUGAACCAGAUGGGCCAGCAACAGCAGCAGUACGGUGGCGCUAACCGCCCGAGAUACGAUGAUGCUCGCCGAUAUGAGGAUCACUACAUGCAGCAGCAGCAGCAGCAGCACAACCAGCAAUACGGCUAUGGUAGCCAGUAUGGUCCUUACGCCGGUAAGGGUGGUAUGUACGGCCAGCCCCACGGUGCCUUCUCUUAUGAACAGCAAUCGUCUUCCCCUGCAAACACUGGAAGCUUCAGCCAGGCCAUGCCCACUCGUGACUCAGUCUACGGCCGCAGUGGCUCUGCCCAGCAGUCUGACAACCAGUCUGCCACUGGCACCAAUGCCUUUGGUACUGGAAUGUCGGAUGUUUUCAGCCGUUCCCAGGGUAGCUUCGGCCAGAACCCUCCUAUCGCCGGACAGCCUCCCGUUGCCACCGACGAGACCAAGGGCUUUGACGCCCCCAAGGCCGGUGGUCCCAGCCCCCUCCCUCGCCCAGAAUCGUCCGGGAUCCGCUACCAACAGCGCCAGCAGGGCCAGCAGGCCUUCGGCAGCUACCCUCAGCUAAACCCCCAGUACGGUGGACUCGGUGGACUCGGUCAUCAGGGUGCGGCCACCCAGACUCACCAGGCCUCUGGCUACGGUAACAACUACGGUGGAGGCUUCGGUAACUACUAUGGAAACUCUGGUCGUGGUGGCUGGGGUGGCAACUACGGUCACUAA